GAACUACUCAGAUGUUUUCUACCCUAAACGCUGUCUGCUACAAUAGUCUGAAUAGAGAAUAGAGCAUGGAGCAAAAUGAAGAUGAAGAAAAGAAAAUUGACCUGUUCCGAGAAACCCCUGUUAGAUAUUUAGGUUAUGCUAAUGAGGUUGGAGAAGCUUUUAGAUCAAUGGUGAAUGUUAAUCUGGUACGGUUUACAUAUGUGGUUGCUAGUGGUUACGUGGUAGCAGACGCAGUUCACAAGGGUCAAGAGGCAUCACAGAAAACCUAUCAGGAUGAGAAGAAGAAACAAAGCCGAGUUAGAACAGCAGUAUUAGAUACUCUUAUUUGGCAGGGACUAGCCUCCGUGGCUAUACCAGGCUUUACUAUAAACAGAGUUUGUACAUUUAGUGGUCUCCUUCUGAAAAAAUCUACAUCAUGGCCUGCUCCUAUGAGACAUUGGACUACAACCUUCAUUGGAUUAGCUUGUAUACCUUUUAUAAUAAAACCAAUUGAUAGAUCUGUGGACUAUUUCAUGGAGAAUUCUUUCAGGAAAUGGUUCCAGGUUGGACCUGUUUUAAAAGAGUUGGUCCAUCAUGAACGGAAUGAUUGAAAACUGUCAGCCUUACUUGUAAUAUUUAAUUCCAAUAAACCAUUAUUUUUAUAUCUAUGCAUAAAUUAGUAAUACUCAAUUUUAAUUCAUUUAAUCAAAGCAAAUGAUAAGAAAAAUAGGAAAAAAUUGUAUGUUUAACAAAAUGUCUAAAUUAUUUGUCUUAUGUGAUAGAAUUUUUUAGGAAAAGAAACCGGGUCAGUAUGGAUCAUUUUUUGCCAAACCUAAAAACUAAACAUUUUUGUAUUUUAGUCAGAAAAAACAUGUCUUUCUGAUCAAAUAAAAUUUUCUUAACUUUUUUGAAGCAUUUUUCCUAAUGAAAUUUUUUUUUUUAAAAGUAAAAAAAUCGAAGGAUGAUGAUGGAUUUUUGAGUGCAUAUAUAUAUUUAUUCAUACAUUAUUUAACAAUAUUUCAUUAAGUUCCCUUGUGACUCAAAUAAACAUAAAAGAAUGCAAAAAAUAGUAAAAAUAGCUUCAAAAAUAUAUUUGGGACAUUUAAUUAUCAUUACAACCUUGUAUGCUUUGAUUUUACACAAUAUCAUGUAUGUAAUUUGUGUUUUUUUUCAUGAAUUUGAAACAGCAUUAUAAACCAUGUUUGACUUUUUUAUAAGAUUUGAAGAAAUUGUAAUGGAUUGUUGACUAUUUUAGUAUGCAAUGGUUAAUGUAUUGUUAUUUUUUGUUAUUUAGAAUAUUUUUAUUGUUUUAUAAGAAAAUAAUUAUUGCUUGCUUUA